AUGAAGGGCCGCACCUUGGACGUCCAUCCUCCUCUGGACGGGUACCACUUUGUGGAUGUGAUCGGCCGGGGUGGCUUCAGCCUGGUGAAGCUGGCCCGGCACCUGGCGUCGGGCAAGUACGUGGCAGUGAAGAUCCUGCGAGACGCCUCUCCCAGCAGCCCGCUGUCUGCGCAUGGGGAAGCGGCCAUCCUGAGGAGCCUGCGGCACGACAACAUCGUGCGGCUGCUGGAGGAGCGACACACGAGGAAGCACCUGUUCCUGGUCAUGGAGCUGGCGACCAGGGGCUCGCUCCAGCACUACGUGCGGCGGCAGGGCGGCCUGGCCGAGGACGAGGCCAGGGCCCUGUUUGGCCAGGCGCUGGCCGCCGUCAGCUACUGCCAUGGCCAGCGCGUGGCGCACCGGGACCUCAAGCUGGGCAACCUGCUGCUGGAUGAGCACAUGACCAUCAAGCUGGCGGACUUCGGGCUGAGCCUGCGGCUGGAGCGGGGCACGCUGGUAAGGGGCUUCUGGGGGACCCCCAAGUACUGCGCACCAGAGGUUUUCCUCGGGGAGGACUACGACGCUUUCAAGGCCGACGUGUGGAGUCUGGGGGUGGUGCUGUUUGCCAUGCUGGUGGCCACGGUGCCCUUCCACGGCAAGAACAUGCACAAGCUGCAGGACCAGGUGCUGUGUGGCGUCUAUGUGGUGCCACGUGGCGUCAGCCCGGCCCUGCAGGAGCUGCUGGCGUGGCUGCUCACGGUCGAUGCCUCGGGGAGGCCCAGUGCGGAGGACGCCAGGACCCACUGGUGGUUCAGCCCCGGCCGAGAAGCCGCCCAGGGGCACAAGGAGGACGCGGUCACCCUGCUGCAGCCCCUGGGCGUUCCCCGGGACCCAGAGGCCAGGGAGUACCUGGUGGGCCUCGGGCUGCUGCCAGGCACGGGGACCGAGGGGACGCCAGGCCCUCAGCCCCAGGACCCCGCGUCCCUGCCCGAGUCCAAGCAGAGCAGCAAGCGCCCCCCCGUAGAGGACGACGGCUUGGCUCUGGUGUCGGUGUCCCCUGACAGCAUGGCUGUUGGCUGCAUUUCCUCCGCACAAAGCGACUCCUCCGAGGCCCCCAGCCAGCCACAGCAGGAGAGGAGCCCUGCUCCCAGCGCCGCCCCCGACUCCUCCGAGCCCUCCAGCCAGCCACCGCAGGAGAGGAGCCCUGCUCCCAGCGCAGCCCCCGACUCCUCCGAGCCCUCCAGCCAGCCACAGCAGGAGAGGAGCCCUGCUCCCAGCGCAGCCCCUGAGCCAUCCUCCAAGGCGUCGCCCUCCAGCCCCAGUGCCAGGAGCCGCGUGGACCUCGCAGAGCCAGAAGCCGCCGCAGCUGCCCGUGAGCCUGAGGCGGCUGGGACUGCAGCCACCGCUGCCACCGCAGCUGCCGCUGCCACCACAGACUGCACAGCCAGCGCCCAGGGCAAGAGGCAGGGCCGGCGCGGGGUCGGCAGGAGGAUCCUCCGGUUCCUGCUGAGGGCGUGCCGCAUCCUGCCGUCCAGAGGGAGCGGCCCUGGCCUCCGCUGCUGCAGAGUGGCCCCCAAGUAGCCUCGCUCCGCCCCCGUCACCAGGAGCAAUGCGCAGGCUGAGCUGACUGAACGUUUUUCUUGAGCAUUUGCAAAUGCUUCUCAUGAAUAAAGUUCACCUUUGUGCGUG